AUGGGACUAUUAAACCUGGAGGAACAGCUCACUUUCUACGGAAUGUAUCACAACAAUAGAAUCAAUAUAUUAAUUCAUGUUGUCUGCGUUCCACUCCUUCUAUGGAGUGCUCUAAUCUGGGCGUCGAAUUUUGGGAAAUUGGAGUCUUCUACAGAGCAAGAUUCCUUAUGGAGGAUAAUACCGCUUCAACCUAACCUUGCUUUAUAUGCGGCACUUUUUUAUUCUUC